AUGUCCAGUAAAAUGUCUUCACGUUCUCGUCGUCGUAAGCACGCCGUGUCUCAACUGAACUUAAUGGUAGUAGGUUUUCGUUCACUUGGUAAGACGUCCUUCAUCCGCAUGCUUUUUGAGACACUCAACAUCCGUAAAAAUUCAAAAGAAGAGACGGAGCUACCUGCUUCAUUAUUUCAAAGCGCUGAAAGUGUGCGGGACGCAGAAGAAGCGCGCACGAAAGAAUUAUAUUCUUUCACUUUGGAUAUUGAAGAAGAAGGAGAAAAAAUUUCUUUGACUCUAGUCGAUUGUCCUGGGUUUGUGAGGGAUAAUGAACUUCGACUUGAUGUACAGGUUACAGAAGCAUUGAGAUAUAUUGAAGCGCAAUUUGAUCAAACAUUAGCCGAGGAAACCAAAGUAAAACGGAAUCCAAAAGCUCAAGAUAGUCAAAUUCAUGCUUGCCUGUACUUUAUCGAUAACGCAAAUAACGGUUUAACCGAACAAGAUAUUCGCAUUUUAAAACGGUUAACCGCUCGUGUUAACGUUAUCCCGGUAGUUGCUAAAGCAGAUUUGCUCACCAACACACAACUUGCAAACUUAAAAGAAGCUAUUAAAAAGGAUUUAAAGGCGCACCAGAUUCCUGUUUUCGACUUUCCAGUUGAUGAAGAAGAAGUGGAACCAGAGGUGGCAGCUGAAAUUGCAAACGCUCAAUCUCAAAUUCCAUUUUCUAUAAUUGCUCCAGAAGAUGCUGAUAUUACGGAUCCAAACACGGGGGAGAAGAUUCGGGGACGUCAAUAUGCUUGGGGCAUCAUUGAUUGCUUGAACCCAAUUCAUUGCGACUUUCUCGUAUUGAGGAAUGUUCUUUUAUCGAGCCACCGUAAACUUUUCAAGGAUAUUACCCUGGAGGUGUUUUACGAACAAUAUCGUACUGAGAGAUUGAUGGCCAGAAAGGCGAGUAAGAUGAUCACCAAGGAACAGAAGAAGAAACUGAUGGAGGAUUUGUCGGAAAUUUAA